AUUCACACAGGCCCACGGCCUCUCCCCAAUCAAAAUGUACGAGGUUGAGUCCCUGCCUAAAACUUUACCAGGCAGCCACAUCCCAAGACAUUGGCGUACAACGGAAAAGAGUCUUCUACCGUCCCCAAACUUUACUCUGAGGAAAAUGGAUUAGGGAGUUAACCACGUUUUUAGAAAGGCAGCAUGGAGGAGGAAAAACGCCCUUCAGGAAACAACACAGCUCUCCUUUACAAAUGCUGAUUUCCCAGAGUGGGAAACCCACAAACUGAUUUCCGUACCCUCAAUUUUCCGUCCCCAACCGCCACCAAAUCAGUUAAAACGGAGCUCUUGAAGUUCCCUACACGUGCCUUAAAAUGAUCCCUCCGAGGAGCGGUAGGGGUGACGUCAUCGCAGCGCGACGAUAGGAAGUAAGCUUCUGGGUUGCUCUGACUCAGUCAGUCCCGAGCUCCAGAACCUGACAGGACUGCGAUCUUGCCUUUCUUUUUCUUGCUGCUAUGGAUAAUGCCUGCGAGUCGCCCCCGGAAAAAGGUGGAGAGACGGGGGAGUCAGAAGAAACGGCUGCUGCUCCCGGGGGCCCGGGGGCUACCGACACAGACGGAAUCCCAGAAGAAACUGAUGGGGACGGAGAUGCGGAUUUGAAAGAAGCUGCGGCGGAGGAAGGCGAGCUCAAGAGUCAGGAUAUCUCAGAUUUAACAGCAGUUGAAAGGGAAGACUCAUCUUUACUUACUCCUGCAGCCAAAAAAAUGAAAAUAGAUACCAAAGAAAAGAAAGAGAAGAAGCAAAAAGUGGAUGAAGAUGAGAUUCAAAAGAUGCAAAUCCUGGUUUCUUCUUUUUCUGAGGAGCAACUGAACCGUUACGAGAUGUACCGCCGGUCAGCAUUCCCUAAGGCAGCCAUUAAAAGGCUGAUCCAGUCCAUCACUGGCACCUCUGUGUCUCAGAAUGUUGUUAUUGCUAUGUCUGGCAUUUCCAAGGUUUUCGUCGGGGAGGUGGUAGAAGAAGCACUGGAUGUGUGUGAGAAGUGGGGAGAGAUGCCACCACUACAACCCAAACAUAUGAGGGAGGCUGUUCGGAGGUUAAAGUCGAAGGGGCAGAUCCCCAACUCAAAGCACAAAAAAAUCAUCUUCUAGAUUGAAGCCUAGAAAGGCCUGGUACUGAAGGAAGGAGUACCGGUUCCAGACUUCCUACUGCAUGAGACUUUUGCACAGGUGCUUUAGUCCUCUAAGGAUUCCAUGAUGAUUUUAAUGUCUUUCUCAGAACUCUGAUAUUCAUCACAUCUAAAAGGCAUGCAGCCUGUUUCAUACUUGCCUUGACUAAAUAUUGGCACCUCUUUGGACAUUCUGAGGCAUUUAACUAUUUCUUGGCUAGUUGGAAGAAGAAAGGUACAUGGGCCUUAAGCGUCUUCCAGACAGAGAAGCUGCUUUCAGAAAGUCUUUCCAAGAAAGCUUUGAUGGUUUCACAUUGAAGCAUGAAGUUGCUAUGAUUUAGGUUGUUUCUUCCAUCUGGUUUUAAGUAGAUGAAACAACCAGAAACUUUGACUUGUGAUACUCUACCAUGAAGAACACAGUGAUGGGAGGAGUAGUGGAAAAGUUUAUCCCUGUACACAUGUAAAGUUCCCUAUGGAUCUUGGUGAGUGAUCAUUAAACUGUUUUCCAACUUGC